UAGAAUAUUCUUGGCCUUGUAAAAGGUUUUGAACCACAGCCCAUAGGACGUGGGGUUUUAAUGUUAUGGUAUGGGAAGGGAAGCAAAGUUUGGUGUUUAGCUGAGAAGAGUAUAGAUAGAUUAAGUCGACUUCGCGGGUACAUAACUUGCAGAACAAUAAAUGGGAAUACCACUUUUACGCGAAUACUUAAAUCGUAGAAUUAAAUCUCGGUUGAGCGCGGGGAUAGCAUGGUGGUGGAGGGCACCGAGGCGUUUGUUAAUCGUGCUGCGGGGAAGCCGAAUGCGGCGCGGUUUACGCUGCGCGAGAACGCUUCGCAGAAGAGCGGCGUGCCGAAGUAUUUGCGUGUCGCGGUGCUGCUGGAGCGGAGGCCGGGCGAUGAGGGGUUGUUUCUCGCGACGGUUAACGUGCGGGCUCACGUCUCCGUUUUUGCGGAUGCGACUGAGAGGGUUCGGGGGAUUAUGGGGAAGAUACCGCUGGAUGAUGCGGUGUGUUUUGAUCCCAAGAUCCCGCCGACGACGGAUAAGUACCCUGUUAAUAAUCUAGCUUCGGUCUCGUUGGGCGAGGAGUGUUCUAUUGAGAGCGGGUAUGCUGGGGGGAUGAGGCGGGGGUGGAAUCUAGUGAAUGAGAUGGUUAAUAGGGAUGAGAAGGACAAGCUUCCUCAGUGGUUAAACAGAGUAAUGACAUUGGUCUUAAGUAUCGAGGCAGUAGGGCACGUAUGUUUGAAAGUGCACUUCGUGAUCACAUUUUAACCUAUAUGAAUGUCUGGUGAGAUUUAUUUAAUGUAGUAGGCAUUGGCCUGCGAAGGAAUUUCAUUCGUAAUAGAGUCCUAUCUCCUACUUUCUUUUGUUUACGGCUAAUGUAUAUCUAAGGACCGCAGCCCCCUCCCCUGAAAUCACGAUCGAUAUACCUAAGCCGGACUCAGUGUCUAGUCUAUAAUUUUCCCGGUUAGCCAAGUCCAUCACUCCUCCUAUCCUCGUCAUAUAACCUUCCAGCAA